AUGAAGGAAGCUGUUCCACCGUCUCCAUGUGUGGCAGAACGUCCAACGCCCACAACAUUCUCGUUCGCCAACAAAUUGUUAGAGCAGGAGAACUCGUUCAUGAAUCGUACAUUUACUCUUGACACAAACAAGAAAGAACGGCAGGCAGAAUUUAGUAUAGACGAUGCUAUCCGUGGUUUCCGAUCUCGAAGCAGUGAUCCUCGCAGGCGAUCCUGCAAAACUCGGGAGGACGCUAACAAGCGAGCGUGUUCACACCCGAUGUUCGCCUCUGUGUGCAAACUGCCCUCUCUCACUUGCAAGAAGGAAAAGACUGAAACACGACUGAUUUCAACGAGACCAUGGAGUCGAACACAAGAAGAACUGCGGAAGUACAAAGAGGCGUUGGAAUGA